GGAGGACCUAGGCGGCCGUUCCGCGGAGCCCGGCCGAGGAGGUAGGGGUGGGCAGGCCCAGCCCUCAGGCCGCGACCUGGUGGGCCGCGCUGCCUCUUUUUCCUCCGGAUCCCGCUCGGUCCGCAUCCUGCUCCUCUCAUCAGAGCACGAUCCAGGCUUCUGACAGCUUCCAGUUCCCACCGCGCUCUCCUCCGCCCACGACCUCAUCCCCGCCAGUUCCCCAGCACAGCGCGAACUCUGAAGCUCGGCCUCUCCUCCCCCUUCCCCGCACAGCGCGCUCCGUCCUUUUUUCCGUCCCAGGCCCUGCUUCUUUCUCCUCGGCUUCAUUUCCAACAACCCCGAUCAUCCACGAGGGUCGUCGUUCCCGUGCCUGUCCCACCUCCGCACCAGAAAACCGAAGCAUAUCCCCCAGACCCCGCCGCAUGCAGGCCGCGCACACAUCAGGCGCGCCGAAGCCGCCGGGCGAGGAAGCCGAGGGCGCGUUUUGCUCCCGUGUGGUGAUGGGCAAAGCCGAGGGAGCCCGGGAGCAGCGGGCGUGGGGCGGCGCCAAUGCAAGUGCGAGUGGUGUCCGCCGCCCGGGAGCGCCCGGGCCCGAGCGGAUUAACCGCCGCCUCAGGUGUCGUCUCCUGCCCGCGAAACACCACCCACCGUUAGUGUGGGUCCACAGGUUUCGAGCCCCUGUUGAAAAUGUCAGCUCUGUGGCUAAGGUUUCUAUUCAGGAGAGCUCCUGGAACUCUUUUCCCAACCACAAGAGAGCUAAGCUGCCAUUGGGAGAUGCCAGCUCUUCUGCCGUUCCUCGCGGCCCUUAGCAGAAAAGCGCCCCUGGAUGGAGAAGGGUUUUGGUGAAGGUUAUUUACAGGUUCAAAGCUCAGUUUGGGCUCUGGAGAAAUCACUAGCAAGGGAAACAGUUUUACCUCCACUUGAGCGAUUAGUAGGUUGCAUGUCUACCUUCAUCCACUGCUACAUAAAUUAGAUUAGUGGGUCCCUAUGUUAACUACUUGAGACAAAAAUAAAUAUGGCCUUCUACAGUUAUAAUUCAGUUCUGGCUAUUGCUCGAACAAGAUUCCCUAGCCAUUUUGUCCAUCCUACCUGCUCUUCUUAUUCCCCAUCAUGUGCAUUUCUUCACUUGCCAGAUUCCCAUUUAAAUAAGACAUGUAUGAAGAACUAUGAGAGCAAGAAGUACUCGGAUCCUAGUCAGCUAGGCAAUACAGUACUUCACCCAGGAACUAGACUAAUACAAAAGCUACACACAUCCACUUGCUGGCUGCAAGAAGUUCCUGGCAAACCUCAGCUGGAGCAAGCCACAAAACAUCCACAGGUGACAAGCCCUCAGGCCACAAAAGAAACUGGCACGAAGAUUAGAGAAGGCAAACAAUCUUAUAGACAAAAAAUCAUGGAUGAACUAAAAUAUUAUUACAAUGGAUUCUACUUACUUUGGAUUGACGCCAAAGUUGCUGCCAGAAUGGUUUGGAGGCUGUUGCAUGGACAGGUCCUGACCAGACGAGACAGACGAAGGCUGUUGAGAACUUGUGUUGAUUUCUUCCGCCUGGUUCCAUUUAUGGUGUUCAUAAUUGUACCCUUCAUGGAAUUCUUAUUACCAGUGUUUCUGAAACUCUUCCCAGAGAUGUUGCCAUCAACUUUUGAAAGUGAAUCCAAAAAGGAAGAAAAACAGAAAAAGAAAAUGGCUGUAAAGUUGGAACUAGCAAAAUUUCUUCAAGAAACCAUGACAGAAAUGGCAAGGAGGAACAGAGCCAAGAUGGGCGAUGCCUCUACACAGCUCUCAUCCUACGUGAAGCAGGUCCAGACAGGCCACAAGCCCAGCACAAAGGAGAUAGUUUGCUUCUCCAAACUAUUUGAGGACCAGCUGGCCCUGGAACACUUAGAUCGCCCUCAGCUGGUUGCCCUUUGCAAACUGCUGGAAUUGCAGACAUUUGGAACCAACAACCUGCUCCGCUUUCAGCUCCUGAUGAAACUGAAGUCUAUAAAAGCAGAUGAUGAAAUAAUUGCCAAGGAAGGGGUGAAAGCAUUGAGUGUAUCAGAACUACAGGCUGCCUGUAGGGCCCGAGGGAUGAGAUCACUGGGUCUCACGGAGGAACAACUGCGACAACAGCUCACGGAGUGGCAGGACCUCCACCUGAAGGAGAACGUCCCUCCUUCCCUUUUGCUCCUGUCCCGCACCUUCUACCUGAUAGAUGUGAAGCCCAAGCCGAUUGAGAUACCACUCAGUGGGGAGGCUCCAAAGACUGAUAUUCUUGUGGAAUUACCUACUUUCACUGCAUCUAAAGAGAAAAUGGUGGAUCCUGCACCUCAACUGAAGGGAACUAAGGAUGAAGACUUUAUACAGCCGCCACCAGUUACAUCAUCACCCAUAACACCAUCAACACCUAUUUCAUUACCUAAAGGACCCAUCACUUCUUCUAAAGAACCUACACUCCAGGCCAAAUCACAAAUGACGGCCCAGAACAGCAAGGCUAGUUCAAAAGGAGCAUAAAGGACUACUUGAGGAUGGAGCUCACUCUCUUCAGCUUCCGGCCCUCAACAGUGGCAUCUGUAAAGGACCUCCCAGAUAAGACUGUCUGGCUUCAGAGAGCGGAUCAGCCGUUUAGCCGUGGGGCAGUCCUUUGAGGCCUGUUAACCAUUGCAGGUGAUGUGGGUAGUGAGGCCAAGUUCAGACCACUUAGAAAAAUAUAAUUGCAAAGUCCCAUUUCCUCUGUACCAUUGUCACCCCACUCAACUUUGUAUAAAGCCCACCCCCCAUCA